AGACCAAAACCCCCGCGAGAACCUUCCUCCUCUUCUCACCCGCGACCGUCGCUCAUGGAGGCCACCGCCGCGUCGUCGCGGCCUCUCUUCCUACUCGCGCCUUCGCCGCCGCUCGUCAGCACGGUGCGCCUCGCCCUUGGCGUGGGGAGGCGCCGGCUCGUGGCCGCGGGGGCCAGGAAGAAGAGGGGGCGGCAGGACGGGGAGGCCGGGGAGGAGAGGGUGGACGCGCACAGCUUCAACCCCAAGGCCGGCGAGGUCACCGGGCCGUUCCCCGAGGCCGUGCUUCUCAGAAAGAAAAAGGUGAAAGAGGACGGUGAAGCUUUGCCAGAAUUCGCGGAUGCCGAAGAAGAAAAGCUAUACGAGCUUCUUAACAUUCAGCUAGAGAGUGGUUUAAAUCUGCAAAGAAUGAGGCACUAUGAAGUUGUUUACCUCAUUCACGAGGACCGCGUAGAAGAAGUUGAAGAUGUUAUAUCAAAAGUACAAGACUUUAUCAGAGAGAAGAAAGGAAGGAUUUGGAGGGUGAACAACUGGGGACUGCGCAGACUUGCUUACAAGAUAAAGAAAGCAACACAUGCCAACUACAUCCUAAUGAACUUUGAGAUACAAGCACAAUCCAUAAACGAGUUCAAGACUCUGCUAGAUAAGGAUGAAAGAAUCAUUAGACACCUUGUGAUGAAACGAGAUGAGGCGAUUACUGAAGAUUGCCCUCCUCCACCAGAGUUCCAUGCAAUGCGAUCUCAACAGUUGGAUGACGAGUAUAUUGAUGAGGAAUAUGGGAGGGUGGACGAUGGGGAUGAUGAGGCUGAACUAGAGUCUUCUGGCAAUGUUGAUGAUGACGUUGAAGAUGGCGAUGAACCUGAAAUCAUUCUUGUUGAUGAAGUUGAUGAUGACAAUGCCGAAGACCUCAGAAGAAGAAAUAGGAAGGUGAAACUGGAGAAGUAUACGGCGGAGAAGGUCUUGAGGUAGCAUGCGUAUCUACUGUAUGGUUUAGUUCUUAUACAAAGGAACACUUGUACGACGAAGUAAUUACAUUAGGUGUUUUCCCUGUACCGGUGACCACUAUUACGAUGGUAGUAAUUAGUGAGAUAAGCUCAUCAGGUCUUCUCCCUAAAUCUUGAGCUGUUGUUGUUUUUCCAAAUUAUAUGGUAUGAUCAUUCCCUUGUAGAUGCA